GCUCCUGCUGCUGCUGCUGGCCUCCGGCCGGCCCGCUCUCGCAGUAUCAUUUUAUGGUGAUAGCUUUGUGGAGCUGAACAUGGCAGAAGCAUCCCCUCAGACAUCCUUACAGCUGCAGUUUCGAACAAGCAAGCCACAGGGACUGCUUUUUCUUGCAGCUGGAAAGACUGAUUAUUGUUUAAUGGAGCUGCGCUCAGGAUAUGUACAAUUGAGAAUUAACUUUGAUAUGGAAGAGCGAGUACUGCAUUCUCAGCAGAGAUCUCAGCUGAAUGAUUUGGCUUGGCACCUGGUUGAGCUACAUCAUGAACAAGAUAAUGUCACACUGGUAAUUGAUAAGCGUGAUAGAACUAGUGCAAAAAUGCCUGGAACUCUUUAUGAAUUAAACAUUGAUUAUGGAUUCUACAUAGGUGGUACUGGUAAACUUGAUGUUCCCUACCUUGCUGGAGCACUACCCAGUUUCCGAGGAUGUAUUGAUGGUGUGUCAUUCAAUCAGUUAGACAUUCUGAUGCCUCUGAGACCUUCUCCUGGCUUCAAAAACAUCCAUGAAGUUUCAGUGGGGUGCAGUGAUGAAUUCUUUGCAGGUGAAGAAGAGCCCAUUACUUUCUUCAGUUCCAGGUCCUAUAUUUCUUUCCCAUCAUGGAAUGUGGAUGAGGAGGGAAUCUUUGAGUGUACUUUACAAACCUCAGCUGCACAUGGCUUACUGCUCUACCACCCUGGGCAAGCGGGAGAUUUCAUUGCAAUGGAAAUAGAAGAUGGUUUAAUUAAAGCUUACAUUGGAAAACAUAAAAGUAGAACCCAUCUUUGUUCUCGUAGGUCAGUCAAUGAUAGUCAUUGGCACUAUAUCAAACUGAAAUUUACUGUAGAAUAUUUGCAGCUAACACUAGAUGAAGAAACUGUGAAAAAGUCACUACCUCCCCAGAGUAAGCUGCCACUUCUGACGGGAUCCUUCUUUGUAGGUGGCAUAGAUGACAGCAUACGAUCAGAAGCUAUUAAGUUAAUCUCAGUAUCUGGGAAGUAUGCCAGAGGAAGAUCCUUCAAAGGCUGCUUAAGAAACCUAAAAGCCAAUUCAGAAAAGAAAUCACUGAAGAAUGUUCUAGUAACUAAGGACAUUUCAGCUGGAUGUGAAAUGCAGAGUUCUUUUAAAGCAAAUCUUUCUUUAGAGACUGCUGUAAAGAGCCCUACUGUGAAAGCAGCUCCUGUAUUUGCCAUUUCCCAAGAAAGCUCGAUUUCUCCGGACAGGGAAGACAGAAGGCACCUUUUAGUUCUGCGUAACUUGAUUGUGCUAGAGGGUGAACAAGCUUCACUUGAAUCUAAGCAUAUUAAAGUUAACUUAGACUUCCAGAAAUUAGGAAUUAAUCAGUCACAAAUUCUUUUUGAUAUAAAGGAGCCUCCUUCUCAUGGACACUUGAAACUGAGUGUUGAACCAUUGCAGGAGGUAAACGCAUUUACUCUGCAGGAUGUGUGUCAGGGGAAGAUUCUAUAUGUCCAUGAUGGCUCUGAGGACACUUACGAUUAUUUUAAUUUCUCAAUUUCUACCAGCAAUAAGAAGAUUGUGUCUCCAUAUUUGCAAGGAAAUGAACAGCAUAUGUUUAGCAUUACUGUUACUCCAGUAAAUGAUGCACCUGAGAUCAUACUUCCCAAGGGAAGCCUGCUUCUUCUCUUAGAGAACUCAAAGAAGUGUUUGACUAAUGACCUGAUAAAAGUUCUAGAUAAAGAUACAGAUUCUGUGGGUCUCAGACUUUCAGUCCUUGGAAACCUGAAUGCAGAUGCAGGAUUUUUAGAAAAUUCAAGGCAUCCUGGAAAAGCUAUCACUACUUUUUCUAAUGAGGAUUUAAGCAAAGGCACUGUUUUCUUUGUCCACACAGGUGUCAAGAACUCAAGGAUUGUUCUCAGGGCAAGUGAUGGUGAGAAGGUGAGCAACACUGUGGUGUUACGUGUCAUGGCAGUUCCUUUGGAUUACAGUGUUGUCAACAACUCAGGAAUAAAUCUACUCCAAGGUGUUACAGCUCUUAUAAGACCUAAGCAUCUGGCAGUUGAAACAAAUUUUGUCCUCCAGGAAUUGGAGAUAUGGUACAAGAUCACAGAGCCACCUCAUUUUGGCCAGGUCCAAAGGCGGCAUUCAAGGGGGAUAUGGAAGGAAGUAAACUCUUUUUCUCAAGACUCUCUUCAACGCAGCCGGGUGAGAUACUGUAGCACUUUUAAAGAUAUUCAGCUGGAAAACGUUACAGACCAGUUUAAGUUCAAAGUUAGCAUAGGAAACAGAAUCAGUGAAGAGCACACAUUUCCAAUCAAAGUGAAAUGGUUAAGGUACAGUCUAUUGAAGCAUGCUCCUCUAGAAAUUGAAAAAUCAAAAAAGAAGUACUUGAAUUCUGAUAAUCUUUUUGCUGUGAUUGCAGAUCUAGAAAUACCUGAAGAUGAGCUUCAUUUCAAACUACUGUCCCUACCAAAGAAUGGACAGAUACUGCUUAAUGAUCAGCCUUUGAAAAAAGAUUCAGUCUUUAGCCAAAAAGAUAUUACUGACGAAAAAGUGGCAUAUGAAUUAAUCAGCCAGUAUCAUGAAGACUAUGAUUCGUUUAGAUUUCUCAUUUCUACAAAGUAUCUGGAUUCAAAUUUCUAUGACUUUGAGGUCUACAUCAAAUCAGAUUUCAGAAACAUUAUUUUGACUAACAAUGGCCUUAAUGUUACUGAAGGGGAAGGAGAAUUAAUAACAAGCACGAAAUUGUUUGUGCAAACACCAGAUAAUAAAACCUUCCAAUAUGAAGUUAUACAGUUUCCUAAGCAUGGGAAAUUAAAACUUACUAAUUUUUCUGGUUCAUUUGAGAAUAAUGGCAAUCUUACAACUUUCACUAAUAAAGAUAUAACUGAUAUGCGCCUUAUGUAUGUGCAUGACGAUUCUGAGACCGUGUUUGAUGAAUUUCUUGUCAGAGCUUCCAGCAAAGAGUCAGGAAAGGGGACAAACUUUGACCAAGAAGUAGAGCCUUUGUCAGUGGAAAUUAGAUUCUAUGUUUCUGUCCAGCUGAAGAAUGAUGAGAAACCGGUUCGUGUAAUUGAUAAGAUAUUUGACAUAGUGAGGAACGGGCAACGAUUAUUAACUUUGGCAGAUCUUUGCUAUCAUGAUCCUGAUUCUGAUUUUGAUGAUGGACAGUUGCUGUAUACUAGACGUGGUAUUUCCAACGGGGACUUGGUGCUAACAAAUGAUACUUUGCAUAGACUCUACCAAUUCAAACAAGUGGACCUGGAGCAGAAGCAAGUCCUGUUUAUACACCAUGGUGCAGAUUUUGGGCGUUUUGUGCUUUUCGUGACAGAUGGAAAGCACUAUACUUCCUUGCUUCUAGAAGUUAAUGCCACUGAUCCUUAUAUAAGGUUGACAAAUAAUACAGGAUUGUUGGUUCAAAAAGGGAAAGAAGAAACUGUUUCAACAGCUAACCUAAGUGCUACUACAAACCAAGACAUAAGAAAUGAUCAUGAGCUUACAUAUGAGAUACUGUCUUUCCCAAAAUAUGGAAGUAUAUAUGUGAAUAAUGUAUUAACAGAUUCCUUUACUCAGCUUGAUCUGAUAAAGGGGCAUGUCACCUACAGACAUGAUGACAGCAACAACCUUAUUGACGCAUUUAACUUUACAGUCCGUGCUGGAGAUGUCCAUCUGGAUGCUGGAUUACAGGUUCACAUAUAUCUGGAAAGUCAUCCGCAGCCACCAAGGAUUGUGAACAAAAACAAUCUCUUGGUUGAAGAAGGAAAACCAGUUAAAAUCAGUAAAGGAAAACUUCAAGUUGUUCAUGGAAAUAGUUCUCCAUCUGAGAUUGUGUUCACAGUAAGACAGCCUCCAGUACACGGAUACAUUCGGAAGUUUUCCUCAGAAGAAAGUUAUCUCAGUUCUGACCAAAGACCAGCUUUGAGCUUCACACAGCAAGAUGUCGACGAGGGCAAAGUUCAAUAUGUGCAGACAGUUUCUGACCAACUAGAUGACCAUUUCUUUCUGGAUGUGACCAAUGGUGUCAGGACAAUGAGUGGAAUAGAGAUCUCUGUAGACAUCAUCCCCAGAAUGAUUCCACUGGAAGUACGUAACUUUACAGUAAUUGAAGGAGGCUCAAAAGCCCUGGCAGAAGACUAUCUAAAAAUUUCUAGUAGACAUUUUGCAGGACUCAGCUGUGAAUUCAUUUUAACUGAGCAACCAAAACAUGGAUAUGUUGAAAACUGUCGUGUUCCUGGAAUAAAAUUAGCCACAUUUACCAGAAAACAGGUGGAACAGGAAUUAAUCUGCUAUGUUCAUGAUGACAGUGAAGAAUUGAUGGACAGUUUUACUGUGAUAGCAAAUAACAUGGAGUUGUGGAAACUAAGUUUACCCCAAACUGUGUUUGUAACUGUUACUGCAGUAAAUGAUGAAGCUCCUGUUGUAAAAGUGAACAGAAUUCUUCAGGUCUGGGUGGGUUCAGUCACAGAAAUAACUAUUGAUGACCUCUGUGCAGAAGACAAAGACUCCUCACCAUCAGAACUGGUGUAUUCCAUUACUCCACCUAGCAAUGGGCACUUGGCUCUGAAGUCUUCUCCAAACAAGAGCAUCCUUACUUUUACCCAGGCUCAUAUAAUUAAAGGGCAACUGGUAUUUGUACACAACGGAGCAGUGUCAGGAGGCUUCAACUUUCAGGUGACAGAUGGUUUGAACUUUGCACCCCAACAGAUUUUUAGCAUCACAGCUCAGAUGCUCGUCAUUAGCCUUGAAGUGAACAAAGGGCUCGGAGUCUUUCCAGGUUCCAGGAAACCUAUUUCACAACAUGAUCUGAAAGCUGUAACCAAUGAUGUGACCAAUGCAGGAAACAGAACUAUAACUUUUGUGAUUGUAACUUCCCCAAAACUCGGAAGGCUGAUCAGAGUAGAUUCUGAUGAUACCACUCAGGAAAUCUUCAGUUUUACACAGUCUAUGGUUGAUGAAGGUGUGAUCAUGUAUGAACACUUACAUGCUGAGUCAGCUGACUGGAGUGCAGAAGAUUUCUUUACAUUUACUGUCUCCUCUCCACCAUCAGUUCUGGAUAUCCAGAUGUUCCAUGUUCUCAUUUCAUAUGCAAUUGACAGGCAUGAUCAGAAUAGUCGUCUUCUAGCAAAUACAGGUAAAAAUGCUUCAGUGUUUGAGCUUAAAAUUGUUUUGGAUCUGUCAGAGGUCCAUUGAAGAAUGGAGAAAAAACCAAAAAUUUCUUUCCCUUCAGUAAGCAGUGACCAGAGUACUUCUGAGACAGAGAGUACUGUAGGAUAGUAGCUUGGAAAGCUGUGUUCACUGCACCCUUAGAAACGAGAUAGCUACAUAUGUUUGAUGCUUCCUACGUUGUAGAAGAUAUUUUGUUUUCUAUAAUGCUAGGUGAAAAACACUAUCAGAAGCUUUGAGAUACUGGUAUUUCUUUAAUCUCAGUAUAUGCAUCAGUCAGAAAGUUUGUCUCAUAACUGAUUGUAUUUUAAAAGUAGUGGUAAUACAUUUUUAGCCAUGACGUGGAAAUAAAGGAUACCACAAAAGCGAAAAUUUUUUGAUCAUCAUCAGUGUUUGAUAUAUUCUAAAACAGUGCAACUCUAAAAUGUUCAGUUUCUAAG